AAAACGAAAUCUCUCGAAUCUCUUGGAACUUUCUAGGCUCAUCUGCGGGAAAAACUUAUAAUUGCUAACCAGAGAAUUUCCAGUCUGUAUAUCAUCUACUCUCGAUCUUUUAUUUUCGUCUUACACGUCGUUUCGACAUUCAAAAGCGAAACACGCCGAAGAGGCGUGGUGAAGCUGCUCGGACGGGUAACAUCGCGGUGCCUUCAAAAGCGAGGAAAUUCAGUGAAAGAGCCGUGUCUAGUGACAGUGCUUUUGAGGUCAGUGGAUCGCGCGGACAUUCGUCGCGUGAGCGACUCUCUGCUGUAAACCUUAAAUCGUCAUUUGCCACCAUCUCAGCAGUUUUUUGUAAAUUCGCGGUCAACGGCGUAGGUUUGCUUUCUCGUUUGAAAAGUAAGAGAAUCCAGUUUCGUCUCCUGUCAUUUUCCUUUACGCGAGUUGCGCGUUUCACUUCUCUCGGCGAGAAGCUGUAUAAAGUAUAAGCUUCUUCUUCCGCAUUCUUGAACAGCAAAAGCCAACUCCAUCCGAGAGCUUUUCUUCCUUCUUACGUGUCACUUUGAAAUUGAAGGGUUGAGAGUAAAGAUUAGCCGAGGGGCGACUCUUUAUUUUUAUCAGUCUAGAUAAAUCAAAUUUUCUUCAAGAGUAACCGUCAAAGGCUACGUCACUGGCAGGGUCCUCGUGACACAGAUCAGCGACGGCAACUGUAACGGUACUCGUCGGCGUGACCCACUCUCUCGGCGAAGUCGCGAUCUCUCAGUCUUCCUCCUUCGUCCACCUCUUCGUGUCUCUCCCUAGUGGACUCUUCGUUCGUCGCCGCCGCUCGCACGUAUACGGGAGAAUCUUCUCUCCCGUGCGCGCCGGCAGGCUACACUUUUUCUUCCAUGUGAAAAGAACUACAUCGUAUGGGUCGCUUCGUCGCAUGGGCGGACGGCGAUAGCCACCAGGCCGCGGCUGAUUACGGGCAGUAAUGAAAGCGGCCUGCUUGCACACGGUGAACAAGAUAGCCGUGUGCGCGUUUGUCUGACAUGUAGCUUCACGUAACUUCCCCGCCGUCGUAUCCUCGCAGCAGUCGUCAAUGAAAACGACGACGUUGCCGCUGUCGCAGUGCAGUCGUUGUUGUUCUUCGCGCGUAGACGUGUGAACGUGAGUUGCGGGUGUUCGUGAGGGUGUUCCUUUGAAUAUAUAGUUUGUCGAUUGUCAAAGAAACCGCGGCGGUCCAUCCAUCCGCUGGACCAGCGAGUUGAAAAUUCGCGAGUUAUGGGAGCCACCGCGCUCUUCUUUUUUCAGGUGAUAGCAUUCGAGCUAACGAGAUGUCAAGGAGGCGGGCCGAGCACGUUCGGAUACGACGCGUCCUCGGCCUGCAACAAGCCGUACUCACGCGUAGGACGCGUAUACCACGAGGAUCUGCCGUGUGACUUUCGCCGACAGAGCUGGUGCACGAUUGCCGGUAGCUCUUACCCGUGGCACGCGGUGCGUCGAUUCGUACGCGAAAAUCAGGGAUUAAUGAAGCGCAUGUACGGCGAUGAGAGUUACUUUAACGUUCUUCGAGCGGAAUUCGAAAAGAAUGACAUCGAACUAAAAUACGACGAGUAUCAUCAAUAUUUUGACGAUCUACGACGAUCUCAAUAUGACGACGAUUACGAGUUUAUCGACGACGUUCGACCGAACGAGUACGAAGGUCGUGGAUUCACCAGUCGCUCCCUCAACGAUCCCAUUACCAAGCGAUUGAACAAGUUCUCGAAACUCAGCGAGUACACCAGACCGCACUUUAAACCCACUGAAAAAACCGUCAGCAGCUCAACUGCCUCGAGUACGACAAUUUUCUCUUCGACCUCACCCUGUUCGACUUUGACGUCGAUCAGCACCGCUACUCCCACCGAUACGUCGAUUCCGUCUUUGACGACGCCGUCUGAGUCCGUCACCACUAUCACAAGCACGGAAGAAGCUAGCACACAACCCGUUGUCUUUUCAAAACCUUCAAACAUCACCGCCAAAAUCGUCAAUGACGACUCUACGGCGAAUAACACGACAACAGAAGCGAACAACGCGACAAAGGCGUCACCAAGCGUCACUGUUGCACAAAUUGUUAGAGAACAGAACUUCAGCAUCAAUGAGAUUCCCGGCCAAAUUGACAGGAUAGACGAAAAUCUUGAAGAAUCUGCAGAAGUAAUAUCGGAAGACACGAGGAUAGUUGAAGAAAAUACAACUUCGAUACCAACCAAUUUGACAAAGGAAUUGCCAAUUGAUCAGGAAAAAGAGGAAGAAGCUGAGGAAGAGGACGCGGUUGGCGCGUCAAAAACAUCUCAAGAUCACGAAGAGAUGGUCGCCGCGUCUAACCAACAGGAAGAGUUUAGGCCGCGUCCGGAAAAUCGGCCGUCGUCGUCGAGCACGGAGGCGGGUACCGGAGAACAGCUUUAUCAAGACGCCGCUUCAGAGGAACAACCAGUGUUGAAACUUCGAGGAGUAAACGCUUGUCCGGUUAAAGAGGAGGUCGUCGCUCCUUUUUGGGCCAACAACACUCGCGGUGAAUUGCUGGCUCUUCUGAAUCUUUAUCCCUUCGAGCAGUACGUUCAUUGGGAAAAAUGCACACAUGAGAAUAAACAAAUGCAUUGUCGAGACGGAUGCAGAUGUGAGCAGCAGUAUCGGCUGCAUCGGCUGCUGGCUUACGAUCCGAACAACGAGUGCCGCGGUAUAUUCAGCGACUGGUUUAAAUUUCCCAGCUGCUGCAUUUGCCGUUGCUACGACUUGCCGAUUGAAUUUCGAGUGGCUUCGCGUUCGCCGCGUACUUCGCACAAGCGACGAAUCAAAGUGCAACCGCCAAUGCGGGACCGUUACGCGUAAUCCAAUUAUUCUACUGGUUAACCGACAACACUGCGAAACAACACAAUGCGUAAGUUAGGACAAACUGUUAAAUGAAGUAUCUAUGUGACAAAGAGAGCUCGAAUUACAAAAGAGAGAGAGUCCGAAAAUUAUGUAAUAAAAUCCAAAACUAGCAAGAAAGCCACCGAUUGAGCAAAAAAAUCAAUAAAAAUAAUUGAAUUACAAUUAGAAUUUUUUGAUCUUUAUUUCUUGAUUGAUUAGCUUCAAUCCUUGCUUAAUUACAUUUCGACUGUUUUUACUGGUUAUUUUUCGCAAUCAUAACGGUGACCCAUUUUGCUUGUUUUGAGUCUUAUUAUUUUUUUACAAAUACGAUCAAACACGAAAUCCAUCCAGAGAUACAGUACAAAUGAAAAUUUUCUAAUAAAAAAUAAUUGCUAAUUCAUCUAUUUACUAAUAUCUCUGUGAGAUCAUAAAUUUGAUAUCUCUUAAAUUUUCAUGUCAAGUGUUCUUUCUCUUUCUUGAAGAAUCACAUCAACAAGUAUGUAUUUAUAAUUAUUUAAAACCAUAUUAUAUUUAUA